AUGGACCAGCCUGAUGGAUGGUCCGAUCCCAACGACCCUUUUGCUGACGAAAUGCAUAUUGCGUCCGUCAACUCUACGGGGAUGCGGCUGAGCGUCUCCCCUCGAACUAAGUUGCUCUUGGAGGUUUUGAUGGUGUUGAUGUCUUUGGGUGCCGUGACAGGUAACAUUCUAGUUAUUGUGAUUGUGGCAGCGACGAAAACCUUCCAUACGGUGACGUCGGUUCUCAUCAUCAACCUGGCCAUCAGCGACUUCCUCGUGGGCAUUGGGGUCAUGCCUUUCGUGGCAGUGUCAGUCAUGAGCGAUGCAUGGGUCAGCUGCACUGAUCUGUGCCUGUAUGUGGGUUACACCUCGUCAGUGUACUGCACCGCCUCGGUCCUGACGCUGGCCGCCAUCGCUCUGGACCGGUACCACUCCAUCAUAGACUGCCUGCGGUACAGCUCGCGGUGCACGCUGUGGCGGACCGGGGCGGCGGUGCUGUGGAUCUGGCUCCAGGCCAUGGUGACCAGCUGCCCGCCCCUUUUGGGCUGGAGCCGGGUGGACUACGUGGGGCCCAUGUACAGCUGCGCGGUCAACUGGUCCAGCAGCCCCAGCUACACCACCUUCAUGGCGGCCUUCUCCUUCCUGCUGCCGGCCGCAGUCAUACUCUUCUGCUACGUGAGGAUUGUGAAGGUGGCCCGCAGCCACGCCAGGAGGAUCCACGACCUGGAGGACCACCUGCAGCGCAGCAGGGGGCUCCCGGCCGCCCCGCACCUACCUGGGUCCGACCCCGCCCGCCUCUCGCCUUCGCCUUUCCAGGACGCGCCAACCUCCUCCAGGCUGGUCUACUACCUGAGCGGGAGGUUUGUGCCCGAGGCCGACAUGGACAGGAACGCACCUGGCGUGGUUCUUCCUGACCAGCCCUGCGGCCCUGAGGCGGUUGGCGCCGGCGCUGGGCGCCUGCACUCCUUCUUCGCGCACCUGCACAGCAGUGCUGUUCACCAUCAGCACGGCUCCCAGCAGCACCACGGCGUUGUGCGCCUCCUGCUGGUCAUCUCUGCUUUCUUCCUGUGCUGGACCCCCUACGUCAGUGUGACGCUGGUGCAAGCUGUGGAGACUGCGCUGUCCCGCCGGUCCAGUCUGGUCCCACCUGCCGCCAUCACCUUCUCCUAUUGGCUGGUGCUGCUGAACUCUGACAUCAACCCACUGCUUUACGCGCUGCUCAGCAAGCGGUUCCAGGGGGCGCUCAAGAGCCUCCGGUGCAAGUUGCAGGCCCGCCUGGGGAACAUUGUCGGGAGAGGAGACACAGGAGGACCUGGAGGAGGAGAGGGGGAAUGUGGAGAUCAUGACCCCUGCACCGUCACGGCAGCUCACCGCCACCCAAACCCCAGCCCCAACAACGUGCCCUCAGAGAGGACAGCAUACCACUCCUCCGUCUUCUCUCUGGACUCCAACUUCGCUGAGAGGUACACAGAGCAUCUGAACAGCGUCUUCCUUCCAGGCAGCGUCUCUUCCUCCUCUUGCUCCCUGUGGCAGGACGGCAGCGGUGAGUGCUCCCUCAGGAAGGUCGACCACCUGCAGGUCCCUGCCCAGCCUCAGGAGGGCGAUAGACUCCCCUCAUCAGCUGCCACCAAGGAUAGACAGGCCACUUUCUUUUAUGGCCAAAUCACUGUGAGGGUGGAGCACGAUGUAGGCUGA